UUUGAGUAUUGACGAGCAUCAUGAAGAUGAAGAAAAAGAGCGUUCCAAGCGAGCCAUUUUCGCAUGGAUGGAAGCUGGACAAAGAGCAAAGCCGGCGGAUUUCAGACCGCAUGAGUACACUUCACAACCUACAGAUGACGAGGGUCAGAUGACAGAGUCUUUUCACCAAAUCUCUUCACCGAGCGCCCCCCAGGAAGAAAGCCCAGUUCAAAAUCCUGAAUGCAGGGAUGAUUUGAGUGAGGAUACUGACGUGAUCCGACUAGAGAAGCAUGGUAUUGAAGUAAGAAUUCCACCAAAUGGAGCUUACAGCGCAAAAGAUGUCACCGUCGAACCAAUCUUUGACAUUCCACCUGAGUUGGUGCUGAAGGAAACGGAAGCUAUUAUUUCCUUUGGCUUGAGAAUGUCGCCCUCCGAUGCAACCUUUGACAAUCCGGUGACAGUAACGAUGCCCCAUUGUGGUAUAUUCACAAAGCCAGAGGCUGCAAAAGUCGUCACUUAUUAUCGAAAGAGUGCUUCUGAAAGUUUUACAGCGAUUCCUUCUUCCAACGGUAGCCCACGAUGUGCUGUAAGACAUCGCGACCUAGAUGUCCACAUAAACCACUUCUCCGAAUUCUGGAUUGUAGCUAUCAUCACAUGGGUAUUCAUCGGAAAACGUGUUAUUUGUACACCGUACAUUCCAGUGUCAACUCCGAGAAAUGCUGAACACGUGUUGUUUGUCCAUGUAAGGAAUGCAAACAUUGAAAAAGAGGCCAACAAAACCCUUGGGUUGCUGCGGAGAACCCUGUCACCAUGCACCAAGGAUGUGAAGUCAAGAGCGUACACAGCCCUGGUUCGACCGCAGCUAGAGUAUGGCGCUGAAGCCUGGAACCCCCACACUUCUGGUGCUGCCGAAGGUCUGGAAAGAGUACAGAAAACAGCUGCUCGUUUUGUCUUCCGCGACUACCGAAGAUCCACGUCGGCUACAGGGCUUGUUUCCCAGCUGGGAUGGGAUAAACUGCACACACGUCGUCUUCUAGCACAAAGCACCAUGCUCUUUAAAAUACACCACCAGCUAGUCAACAUUUGUCUUCCUCACCUCAUAACUAAAGCUACAUACAUCAGCAGAAGAGACCACACACUCAAGCUCUCUGUUCCUGUGGCAACAAUAGACUCCUACAAGUACUCAUUUUACCCCCGCACCAUUCGCAUCUGGAAUCAACUACCAGCCACAGCAGUUACUACCCCAACAGUUGCUGCUUUCCAGAUGAUCGCCCUCCCUGUCAUCAGAGGGUUGGAACCUCCUGUAGGUUCCAGAAUGCUGUAA